AGGAAUUUCCGGUUACGUCAGCGUGUCUGGACUCCAUUAGGGGGUUGCAGCUGUUGAGAGAAACAACAACAAAAACGGAGCGAUUGACGGGACUAUCACGGAGUCAGUGCGUUCUCAGCCGGGUUACGAAGUCUAAAUUCUGGGAGCUAAAACCUCCUUUCCCACCCGGGGCUUCGCCGGCUUCUAACCACGGCCGCUCUCGGUGAGGAAACUCUGGCCUCCGCUUCCUCCUCCUCCGACUCGGACACCGGCGGAGCGUCGCCGCCCCCACGGAAGAAACACCGAGCCUCGGCGGCGGAGGGAGCAGGAGAGUCCGGGGAUUCAACAGUUGCUACAGGCCUUUCUGGAGUUGUUUUGGGACUUGCUACUACUUCUCCACAUCACCAAGCCACCUCUGCUAUUCACUUUAACCGGACCCUUGUCAACAAUCUCAGCGGCAAUAACAUGCAGUCAAACGGGGCAGGACAGGGACAGGAUUCAGAGCUUUCCUGCCUUAACAGCGCGCAAAACGGGGAGUCAUCCUCCGCUGGGGGAACGCACUUCAACGGGCUUCUGGUCAGCACAAACAAUGGGAAUAGUGUCGGUACCAAUAACGGAGCCGGACCUGGCUCAGGGACGUCCACAGCCUCUGGUUCGGAGGUCGGCUCCAUGAAAAAGAAGAAACGUCUUUCACAGUCGGAGGAAGAUGUCAUCCGAUUAAUAGGACAACAUCUCCACGGGUUAGGGCUAAAUCAAACAGUGGACCUGCUAAUGCAGGAGUCGGGCUGCAGACUGGAACAUACCUCAGCCACAAAGUUCCGCAACAACGUCAUGGAGGGGGAGUGGGAAAAGGCUGAGAAUGAUCUCAACGAGCUGAGGGCACUGAUGCAUUCUCCCAACGCUAUUGUGCGUAUGAAGUUCCUGCUCCUGCAGCAGAAGUAUCUGGAGUACUUGGAGGACGGGAAGGUUCUCGAGGCUCUGCAGGUGCUCAGGGGAGAGCUCACGCCGCUCAAGUACAACACGGACCGAAUCCAUGUUCUCAGCGGGUAUCUGAUGUGUAGCCAUGCAGAGGACCUGCGCGCCAAGGCAGAGUGGGACGGCAAAGGUGCAAACUCACGCUGCCGACUGCUGGACAAGCUACAGACAUACCUGCCCCCGUCGGUGAUGCUUCCCCCACGCCGGCUGCAGACCCUGCUGAGACAGGCUGUGGAGCUGCAGAGGGACCGCUGCCUCUACCACAACACCAAACUGGACAGCAGCCUGGACUCUGUCUCCCUGCUCCUGGACCACGUCUGCAGCCGGUCAGCAACACACUCAGGGAAGCAGUUCCCGUGCUACACGCAGCAGAUCCUCACAGAGCACUGUAACGAGGUGUGGUUUUGUAAGUUCUCCAACAACGGCACCAAGCUGGCCACCGGCUCCAAAGACACCACCGUCAUCAUCUGGCAGGUGGACCCUGAGAGCCACCAGUUGAAGCUGCUGCGGACCUUAGAGGGCCAUGCCUACGGUGUGUCCUACCUGGCCUGGAGCCCUGAUGACGCCUACCUGAUCGCCUGCGGACCCGAUGACUGCUCUGAACUCUGGCUGUGGAACGUCCAGACGGGCGAGUUGCGGACCAAGAUGAGCCAGUCCCACGAGGACAGUCUAACCAGUGUGGCCUGGAACCCUGACGGGAAACGCUUUGUUACCGGGGGACAGAGGGGACAGUUCUACCAGUGUGACCUGGACGGUAACCUGUUGGACUCGUGGGAGGGCGUGCGUGUGCAGUGCCUCUGGUGUGUGGGGGACGGCAGGACGGUGCUAGCGUCAGACACUCACCAGCGGAUCCGGGGUUACAACUUUGAGGACCUAACGGACAGAAACAUAGUUCAGGAGGACCAUCCUAUCAUGUCUUUCACUGUUUCCAAGAACGGAAGAUUAGCUUUGUUAAAUGUAGCAACUCAGGGAGUGCAUCUUUGGGACCUGCAGGACCGAGUGUUGGUGAGGAAGUACCAAGGUGUGACCCAGGGCUUCUACACCAUCCACUCCUGCUUCGGAGGCCACAAUGAAGACUUCAUUGCCAGCGGCAGCGAAGACCAUAAGGUCUAUAUCUGGCACCGACGCAGUGAGCUGCCCAUCGCUGAGCUGACGGGGCACACUCGCACAGUCAACUGCGUUAGCUGGAACCCCGCCAUCCCAGGCCUCAUGGCCUCCGCCUCGGACGACGGCACUGUGCGUGUCUGGGGCCCUGCACCCUUCCUCGACACACAGGUGGUCGACGGGCUCAAUGAGAACUGCAGCAACAUGGACAGUUGAUGGUGACGUUGGAAUGGAAAACUUAUUCUCUUUUACAACAAGAAAUAAAACCAACCAACAACCAAUAAACAUCAAAACGAGAACGAAAUCCAAAACCUGACAAAACAAAACAGAGAAAAGUUAAUCAUUUGUCUCAUGACAAUUGACAAUCACCUAUGGAGGUGAGGAUGAACACACGCUUACAAAACUAGGUCUUCAUCCAAAACCAGAACCAGGGACUUGGAAGACCAGUGACCUGGGAAAUCGAUCUGAUCCAUUGGUACUCCCUGCUGGCUUCCUCUUCCUCCACCCCACCCCCCUUUCCCAGCAAGGCCACAGCCACACCAGGGGCUCUCCCCUGAAUAUUCCCCUGGAAACCCACCUCUUCCCUGGGCCUCAGGCCCAGCAUCACGCCCCUGACCCCUUCAGACAGCCAAUACAGACCAUCUACACGGAUUGGACUGCGUCUGUCAUCUGUCUCUCACCUACCCGUGUGUGUCCGUGGGGAGGGUGGUGGGGUGUUAAAAGGGGUGGAGGGAGUUAUAAAAACUCUUCCGUUUAUUCGUUUUUCUGUUCUCCUUUCUCCUCUCGCUCCUUUCUUCGCACUUGAGUUGUUGGACGAAAGCAGAAAAUCAACACGAAUCCAACCAACCGACAAAGAAAAACUCAAAGGCUAUGCUUUCUUUGGAUUUUUUUUUACGAUAGUCAUAGCAUUCUUAUUGUUAUCAUUUAACAGGUCAAUCCUAGGGUUGAACUAGGAGUAGUGGCCGUGGAGUGCUUUAGUGUGAAGAAUACUCUCAAUUAGGAAAAGCUAUUUUUAUCCCUUGUUUAAAGUCUAACACGGACACACUCGCGCCAAUGUCCCCCGAGUCACACCCUCUGACUCCCCCUAUCUCCCGCUUCCGAGCUUAAGCUAUCAACCGCACAGCUCACAGUUCCACUAGAUCUGCCUGUCGGGAGGGGGUAAAGGUCAGCUGUCAAAGGUGAGAGGUCAGUGGUAGCUGGUGUAGUGUGGUUGGGUCUCUGUAGGGCAAAGUGUGAAGCAGUCCUCGUGUUGAGUAUCUCUAAGAAUGACAUACUCUUGGAUGUAGAGGUCUGUACAUGCAACUAUUGCCGUACACUGAGGACUGCACCUGUCCUUCCUCUGUGUGUUUGCUUGUGUGUGUGUGUGAGCUUGUGUGUAUGGGUGAGCUUGUGUGUAUGGGUGAGCUUGUGUGCAUGGGUGAGCUUGUGUGUGUUUGUUUAGGUGAGUGAGUGCAGGGGCAUGCACACCAGCAGAAGAUCAUGCUUUCCCCUCCUCCCCCAGUGAAAUUAUAAAGAGGAUUUUAAUCCCAUUCAGAAUUCAUCCAAACCCCCAGAGCGACCUCUAUCUGUGGAACAAAGAAUACUUGAGAGCCAUUUUGUAGAAACUAUUUUUUUUUUUUUACUUGGGCUUUUCUUUUUACAUUUGACUUUGCUUUUUUUUUUAAUAUAUAUUUCUCCUUAACAACACCUACCAUUGGAAUGGCACUGAGAUACCAGAGUUGGAUCAGUUUUGUGGGAAAAUUCACAGCUUUACAGAGUUUUCCCCUUUACAUAAACACCCCCGCCUGUCCCCCACCAGACACACACCCACAUGUACACCCAAAACACACAGCUGAGGUCUACCCCUAGUCACACCUACAAAUGCUCAAUUCCAAUAUAACUUGGUCUUAGCUCCCACUUUGACAGAGCUGGAUAGGUAUAGGCAAGGUUUUAUGGAUGGAAGUGAUCAUAUUGGGAUCUGGCUCACGCCACUCUUCCAUGCACCCUACACAGUACACAGUAGUACAGCAUUAUUAAUGUUAAGCAUACAGAACCAAACACAACCUCCCGCAUAUACAUAGGCUUACAGCCCUUACUGAGCAAGACUGAUUUCUGCACAACACCCCUUUCUCUCCAGCCAAGUCCUCCUUUUCAGUGAUGAAGGCACCAUACAGAGCUUUCUUCCUCCCGAUUCGGGGUAUGUAAUGACUAUUUGCUAUGGACUGAUAUUAAAUGUUUAAAAAACGCUUUUCUGUCAGUUUUUAUGAAAUAUUUUCUUUCAUUUUUUGUUCUCAUUAUAUCAUUUCAUUCUCUCUCCCUGUAUUAUCAUAUUAAAAUAUAACCAGACAACUGGUGUCCUAUUUUUUAUUUUUUUUAUUCAUCUUAUGAUUAGUUUCGUAUUUUGGGUUUCAUUUUUACUUAUCCACUACUUCUUACAUAUUAAUAGUGAAUAUGCACAGUAACACUCAUGCCAAUAUGAGUGGGGUGAGUUAUGUUUUGGGAGUGUGUUACCUUAAGAAUCAGGUUUAAAAUGUCCACCCCUCGCCUUUUAAAAGUGAGACAUUGUGCAGUGAUUCAAUACUCGUGUCUCUGUGGAAUAUGUCCAGGACAAAAAAAUUGUGCUUUUUUUUGUGCCACUGUUGGUUGCGUUUGCCGUUUCUACCCCUACCAAAAAUCAAAGCACUUGAGACUCAAUAGUGGCUACGUAGGUGUCGUGUGUGUGAUACCAUGUUCUGAGUUUCACAUUCUGGAAUGGUGCUUUUCCCAUUCUAGAACCUUCCAUCUCUUGGGCCCCUGAAUGGACUUGAACUGCCCAUCCACACCUUAUGUCAUGUCUGAGGAAUUGAGGCAAAUAAAAAGUGAAGAACCCAAAAGCUUUCACAAAGUUAUAAUUCACCUGCUGGUGACAUAUGCUAUGUCUGAAUGCAACUUGGUGUCUACUCUUCCUUUGUCUUGGAGUUUCUAGGACUGUUUAUGAUUUGAUGCUAAUAACUAUCUUAUUUCUCUCUCUGGAGGUGGGGGAGUAAGGGUUUAUGGUAGCAGAUUAAAAGAGUAAUUGGGGACGGGGAUCUGUUUGCGUUUUAUUUACAAAAGUGAUUGUACUGUUUUGUAUCGUUGUGUAGGAGAAGUGUUGUGUGCAUAUUUUCAAUAAAGCUUUCAGGGUUUUGAAAAAGAUCUGUGGCCCAACAUGGAAGUAUCAAGGGGCUGGAUUACAGAUAUGGGAUCAGUUUACAUUAUCCAAUCCUAUCCACAGUUCCCCAUAAUCAUGAGGGAGUACAGAACUAAACUGACCUUAGGUUUGUGUAGAGGCAACAUGUCUCGACAGACUUUAGAGGAAAGUUUGAGUUCUCAGACUGAAAGGAGCUCUCCAUUUUCCUGUGUUUAACUUUGUUUGUACUGUUGACUGGUUCACACACUUGAACAUUUGAUGACAUUUGGUGUAAUUCAGAGAAACAGCAUGGCAGCAAAGAGGCAUAGUAGUGUGCAUCAGAGGGGAUCAAAUGCCAAAUUUAGGGAUAAACAAGAACUGUUACCAAUAAAUUGUGACUAUUUUAAGUUAA